AUGACCCUGACCUCGCAGCACCCUGUGACCACGGCACUGCUCCGUUUCUGCGACCGCGACAGCUGCGCAGACAUGAUGACAGAGACAACUCACCUGCAAGAGUUUGAUUUUCAGUCCCCGCGCAUGAUCGCCUACGAUCAGCCAGCUGCGCUCUCCUCCGGGGCUCUGCUCAUGAGCAAGCCGGAUUGGUCUCGCACCGGCACCCAAUAUUCCUGGCUGCACAUCGCUCCCGUCAUCGUGCGUCAUGCGGCGCCCUAUUUUUGGAGCAUCAUGUUCCCCCAGUGUAUGCUGGUGAGCUUGGCCUUCGUGGUCUUCUGCAUCGACCCACAGAACCUCUCUGCUCGGAUCGAAAUUGAUUUGAACAUCAUCCUGGCGACGAUCACCUUCCGCCUCACCAUUGCCGAUCAGCUGCCGAAGAUGGCCUACUUGACAGCCCUGGGAGCCUACUGCCAGCUGAGUCCGGGUUCUUGUUAA